AUGCGUGCUGGCUCGACUCUCUGUCGUCUCCGUUCCUCGGCUAAACCCUUCCCUCGACGUUCAUUUCGUUCGUACUCCACAUACCCGACAGAGCCCAGGAAGGCCGCGUCUUUUUGGACCCUCUCGUUCACCCUUCUAGCAGUUGGAGGAGGCGCCUGGCUCCAGGACAAAUACUACAACAGCCCAAAGACAACAGAAGUUCCCUCGCCUCGGCUUCCUCGACAAAACCAAUCCCUGAACUUCAUCGGUGUAAUUGAUACCCUCGAAACGAUGCCUGCCGAGCCAGCGCCCGGAACAGUCGGGAACCUCACCCCAGAGCAAGAGGUCAAGCUGAAGGAAUUCUGGGUCCUAACCCUGAAAGUCUUUGGUGUAGACCUGGGAGACAUCGAAGCCCCAAGCCGCCAGUCGACCAGCGAACCCGCCGCCUCCAGUCCGGCGCCGGACAAGAAGAAAUCCAAAGGCAAAUGGUCACUCUGGGGCAGCCGCGAUGAAGACGACAGCAAAAGCGCCACUCCAGAGAGUGGCGCCUCUCCAAUCAUUGCACCAGAAGGCGACGACAAGUACGGCCAGUCAAAGGAAUACAAGCAAGCACUGGAAGACAUGAAACCAGAAGAGAUCCGCACGGCAUUCUGGGGCAUGGUCAAAGGCGAUAACCCGGACGCGCUGCUCCUCCGAUUCCUGCGUGCGCGCAAGUGGGACACGAAGAAGGCGCUCGUGAUGCUGAUUUCGACGAUGCGCUGGCGACUGCAGGAGAUGCAUGUCGACGACGACAUCAUGUUCAAUGGCGAGGCGCUUGCGCUGAAGCAGUCGCAGGGCUCUGACCCCAAGGAGAAGAAGAAGGGUGAUGAUUUCUUGACGCAGAUGCGUCUUGGCAAGAGUUUCUUGCAUGGGGUUGAUCGGGCUGGUCGGCCUAUUUGUGUUGUGAGGGUUCGUUUGCAUAAGGCUGGUGAUCAGGAUAAUGAGGGUCUGGAGCGGUUUACUGUUUAUACGAUUGAGACUGCGCGCUUGUUGCUUGCUCCGCCCAUUGAGACUGCUACUAUUGUCUUUGAUAUGACUGACUUUGGUAUUGCUAACAUGGAUUAUGCUCCUGUGAAGUUCAUGAUCAAGUGCUUUGAGGCCAACUACCCCGAAUCCCUCGGAACAGUUCUCAUUCACAAGGCACCCUGGCUCUUCUCGAGCAUCUGGAGCGUAAUCAAGGGCUGGCUCGACCCAGUUGUCGCAGCCAAAAUCCAUUUCACCAAAAACCGCCAGGAUCUCGAAAAGUUCAUCCACCCCAGCCAAAUCAUGAAGGAACUCGAAGGCGACGAAGACUGGGAAUAUAAGUACGUCGAGAUCCAGGGCGAGGAGAAUCCCAAGAUGGCCGACAAGGAAACGCGCGACUCGCUGUUGGCCGAGCGUCAACAGCUGGCCAAGGAGAUCCAGGAUAUCACGAUCGAGUGGAUCCGCGCCAGCUUCAAGAAGGAGACUGCCGCUGUCUCUGCUGCUGAGGAGAAGCGCAAUGGGUUGGUUGAGCAGCUCCGGAAGCAGUACUGGGUUAUCGACCCGUAUGUGCGGGCUCGUUCCUUGUAUGAUCGCACUGGUGUUGUGAAGGGUGAUGGGAAGAUUGAGUUCUAUCCCAAUGCUGAGAAGAAGGAUGCGUCUGCAUAA